CGUGGGCUCGAGAAAAUGGUCUAUUCUGGGCAUGCGCGGCGGCUUCCAAGCAAAGAGCAUAUAAAGGCUGGACCUCAAACCACUGCAAGUUAUUUCUCAAGUUCCAAAGCUACAAACAACACAAGGACCAGGACACUUACACUCCCAAUAUCAACAGUGCAAGCUAGUGCCACCAAGAUGCGUUUCCUCUUCGUCCUCAUCGUCGCUUGCAGCCUCCUGGGAACCGCUCUCUCCAUGCCCCAGUUCCGGGACGUAAGGAAUGAAGUUGCUUCCAAUUUCUUUAUUCGACCGUUCUUCAGCAGAAACCAGCGCUUAAGGCCAGCCCGUCGCCAGCCCUACGUCAUGGACGACUUCUUGGGAGGCAGAUAGAGAGGCCGAAGGAUGAGUCUAAUCUGCUGAGGAGAUGAGUCUGGCUUGCCGAGGAGAUGGAUCGAGAUGAGUCUGCUCCCUCAAGAUGAUGAGUUUGACCUGCUGAUGCGAUGAGGCCGACUCAAGGCGACUGAGAUGUACCCUUCUUUACCAUGUAAACCUGUUAUUUAUAUACCCCAUACAUAUUUUAUAGUAAAGUGUUGAACAAACA